UCUUGUUUUUAGCUAAGUAUUGGUCCGGCUUCUCAUUCUGGCUAGAUGAGUGUGGUUUGCUCUUUUAAGUUUUUCAUUUCCGACAAUCUUCAAAUUAGCAAGCAAUAAAUCUGGUUCUACGGCAAGUUGCAUUGUCAGGAAUCCUAAUUACCUGCUGUUAGAACCUGAAGCUUCAAAUGCACUUGAAAUCUACAGGAAGUGCGCAGUUUGCUCAAUUCAAUUGGUCAGGAACCAUUCUCUCACCCUUUCAAACAGUUAUGUGGAAUUCUCAUCAAUCCAUUUCAUUUUCCGUGAAGAGUUGUUAUGUUUGGUUUCUCAAGGAGAAGGAGGUUACUGAAUCUACUGCCACGGCCGCUGAGGUAUUGGAAUUGGCCUGAAAAGGCAACAAGAUAAUUAGAAUUACAUCGAGUCAUUUACAACUUGCAGUGACGAAUGAUGAAGAGUUGAACAUUAAUCUUCUUUUGUUAGUUUCUCUCUAUCGGAAUUAAUUUUCCUUUAUUUCAUUAUUACAUAAUCCGAUUCGAUCACUCUUACAUAAUCCAAUUCGGGUCUGAUAGAAUUCAAAAUUCAACGGGGUUUGCAAGUAGAUUUUUCGGGGAUCCUUGGUGAUUUUCACUUCAUCUACUAUCUAUCCAAAGAUGUUAAGGUAAUUUCUUGAUCAUCCUUGACUAUAAGUCCAUAUAUGGGCCAUCCAAUAAUUUCCCACUACCCUAUAAGCACAAUCCUCCACCACACAAAUAUCUCUUGAACAGUUAAACUAGAAGUAGUCAAAAUACGACGUCAUAUCACUCACAGUUUCCAACAAGGUCGUAUCUUACUAGCUCUGUUAUCUUCCUUCUUAUCAUACUCGCUCACAAUCGACCAAGUGCAGACAGACAUCUUAAUAUGACGGGUCUAUCUAUGUUCAUCGAUCAGUACUUCUCAUUACCUAGAAUUGCAGGUUUAUUAGCUUUGUUAUCUUUCUUCUAUUAUCUAUGGAUCUCAAUUUUAAGGUCGCCAAGGAAUACGAAACCAUCAUCAGUAUCACCACCUGAAGUUGCAGGUGCAUGGCCUAUAUUAGGCCAUCUUCCUCGGCUACUAGGAUCAAGACCUCUAUUCAAAAUCCUUACAGACAUGUCUGACAAUUAUGGUCCAAUCUUCAUGGUCCGGUUUGGUAUGCAUCCAACCUUGGUGGUAAGCAGUUGGGAGAUGGCUAAAGAAUGCUUCACCACCAACGACAAGUUCCUCGCUGGCCGCCCAUCUGGUGCUGUCAACAAGUACCUCACGUUCGCCCUGUUUGGGUUUUCCACAUACGGUCCUUACUGGCGAGAGAUCCGUAAGAUCUCUACCCUCCAUUUACUCUCACAUAGGCGUCUCGAGCUUCUCAAGCAUGUUUCUUACUUGGAGGUCGCCAACUGCAUGAAACACUUGCAUGGAUGCUGGAUAGACAGUCAAAACCAAAUAAAACAAAAUGACGUAGCAGCUGGUUCAGUAAAAGUUGACAUGGGCAGAGUAUUUGGCGAGCUAACCUUGAAUGUGGUGUUGAAGUUAGUUGCUGGAAAAUCAAUUUUUUUCAAGAACGACAACACUCGUGGAUAUGACUCCAAGGAUGGUCAUAACAAAGAGGAGGAAGAAGGUAAAAAGCUCCAUAAGACCAUCAUAGAUUUCUACUCAUUAGCAGGAGCUUCGGUUGCGUCUGAUGUUCUUCCAUUUCUUGGGUGGUUGGAUGUGGAUGGACAAAAGAAACGCAUGAAAAGGGUAGCCAAGGAUAUGGAUUUCAUUGCUGCAAAGUGGCUUGAAGAGCAUAGGCACCAAAGAAGACAAACAGUACUCUCAAGCUCAGCAGCACUAGGCAGCAGUAAUCGUGAUGAUGCGAAAGAUUUCAUGGACGUGAUGAUGUCAGUUCUUGAUGUGGAAAAUUAUGAUCUCUUCUUUAGUUACAGCCGUGACACUGUAAUCAAAACCACAUGUCUGUGCAGUGUUACUAAUUUCAUGACCUGAUCGACAAAGCUCUGCAAGACAGUUUUUUUUCCACCGGGCAUUAUAGGCCAUACCGAGAAAGUUGACGAAAGCCAUACUGGGAAAAGGUUGAUUUUUUAUUUUUUAU